UUGCAUUUAAUUAACACAAUAUCGUAGGUUUGUGUGACCGGAACACGAAGGCAGCAACGUACGGCCGGCGCGGGCCACGCGGCCGCUCGCGCGAUGUGUAACACCAAGACUCGACAAGUAGAGCAGAAUGAUCUGGAUAGCCAUUGCUUAUGAAUCGGUUAUUACAAAGCUGUAGAAAUACUGAAUAGUUACGCUAAAACAAGUAAAGGAACAAAAGGCCUUGCUUGCUUUUUUUUAGUCUUUUAGACGAUUUUAUAUAGGGGUAGACAAGUUUUAUGAGUUAGAAUCUUAAGAUCAAAUCUCACUGAAUUAUGGCGUAUGAUAUCCUGCUUGAAUUGUAAAAUUCAUUUCUCUGGGCUGUAGAGCUUGAAAAAGAUAGCUCGAAUAGCAGAGUGGUGUAGUGAUUGUCACUAAAAUAUAGGCAACGCAUUGCGGGUUUCAUCCCCGCAAGGGACAAAUAUUUUAUGCACAUGAUAUUAAUGUUUGUUCGCGAUCUAAGAAAUUAAAUUUUUUAAGAUAGCCGCAUUGAAGUAUUUCCGCCAUUAGGUUUCAAUGUGCCAAGUAUUAGAUAUGAUUAUUGUACCCAAAAAGAAAAUAGUUUUAAAAAUUAUCCAAGGGGAACCAUGAUGUUUAUACGCAUAUAUUUUAAUUGCUGAGAAAAUUCGUAACGGCUGUUCCCAAAACUUAAAAGUGAAAGUAAUCUUGAUUGAGUCGGAAAAUCGAGUGUGAUUUUCAAUUAACGUGGAUUCCAAUAAAUACACAAGUAUUUACGACGCGCACGCCUCACACGCCUCGCGUUCAAUUUAGCAGUGAUUGCUAUAAUCGUUAUGUGUACGGCGAGCCGCAACUCGCUAAGAAAAAGUCCAUUCUUUUCAUUGACUGUGCUUGUAAACAAGCUGCAGUUGGUGAGCAUUAGUUAACGUGUGCCUGCCGAGCUCGCACGCAUUUGCUUUAAUACAAAUAUAAAUAAAAUGUAACAAUGUUGACGACGAAAGUGUGUUUAUUCGCGUUGUUAAUGGUGUUCGCAGAUUGUAGCAAAUCUUUUUCGCGCCAUUUUAGUGGAAGUAAUUCUAAAAAGGAUUUGACUAGGGUUGCGAGACGUACGCUCCGUAGCGAUGUGUUCGAUAAUUUGUUCAACGUCUAUGAUCCGACGUUCCUGGCGCUGGUGUGGCCUAAGAUAACGAAUGGGAUGCACAUCCUCGUGGACUACGCGUGCUGGGACGACCUCGGGUUCUUCUUCAGAGAGUUGUCGGAAGGCAGAGCAUGGGCUUACAACGUUCUCGACGCAUCAGGUCGUUACAAGUCAGGGCUCUUCUCCGGCCAACGCUUUUGGCUGGGAUCCAAAGAGCAAUGCCUACGACUGGAUAAAGAGUCUUUGAAUAGCAACGGGACUCGCAGAACCGAUUAUUAUAAUUCUCCCGUUUCGCGAAAGAAGUAUUUCGAUGAUGAAACGCUGGAGUGGCGUUGGAUGCCGGCACCCGGAGGGGUCGCACAAAAUGUUGACGAUCGCUGGCCGCCGUAUAGACUGGCUUACACGACGGUCGAAAUUAAUUUGAAUAUAACUAAAUUCAACAUGGAAAAGGCGUAUGAUGUAACCCUGGGUCUUUGCAUGCCGCGCUCGUGUUCGGCCCGCGACAUCACAUCCGUCAUCAACUUUUCCAUAAUGAUCAACGACAAUCUCAAAACCAAUAAAACGACAUCACGUGCCGCAAAAAUUAUGAACGUGAGGCGAGUACCGGGGCAUUAUGACGUAGAAGCAGAUACUGCCGCCAUCCUACUGAUCUGCAUCACAACAAUACUAGUUACAUUAGUAAUAGCAGCUACCGUUGUCGACUUGGACCUGAUCAAAUGUCUCCCGUACGGCAGCAAAUCGAUGACAUUCGAUUUAGAAAAGUACCACACCGAUCCAAACAGGCACGUGGAAAAGGAAGUCAGACGUGAUAAUAUCAUAAAGACAGAAACGGACAAAUUAGCCGUUGAAAACGUCAAAAUAAACUAUUUGGCGGUUGAGAACAUGAUGAAAUGUAGCGCUCCCACGAUUACGCUGGACGUAAAUUGUGCGGAAAAGACGUUAGGCAGCUGCAAGCGAUGCGGGAAGUACAGGAAGCAGUGCAGCUACCCGCGCCAGACCGACAACCUGCCGCCCUGCCCGCGCCAGCAGUACAACUCCUUUGCCAGUCUGAGCACCGAGAGCAAGAAGAAGAGCAUCUUCUGCAGACUUCUAUUAUGCUUUUCGCUUGCUUACUGUUGGAGAAGAAUCUUUAAUACCAACAUGGCGAACAAAAACCUCUCGUUGAUACAUGCCAUGAGAAUCGUGGCCACUUUUUGGAUAAUGUUUAUUCAUACAGCUGUGAUAGUAGCUUAUAUCUCAGACGCCGCUGAUGAUGUAAACGAUCAAAACAAUAUUUAUUACAUAAUGGCGACUGGAACAAUAGCUUUUGAUACAUCAUUUUUUGUAAGCGGUCUGUUUAGUUCUCAUCAUUUCUUCUUCCUGAAGAGUCAGUACAGCGUCAAGGAGCUGGUGGGGUUCCGGGGCGCGUGCGGCCAGCUGCUGCAAUUCGUCUGCUUCGUAACUAACAGAGUCAUCAGGUUACUCCCGUCAUACGGCUACGCGGUGCUGGUGUCGGCCGUGAUGGCGCGGUACUCGCAGUCAUCACGCACGCUGGUGGUGCCUGACCGCGAGGACAUCAACUGCCGCCAGAACGGCUGGAGGAACCUGCUCUACAUCAGCACUAUUUAUCCAGAAGAAGAACAGUGCAUGCAGAUAUCGUGGUACAUGUCGACGGAGACUCAGCUGCACAUGGUGGGCGCUCUCCUGUGCGCGGCGAGCUUCUCGUCAGCGUUGCGCGCGCGCAUGUGCGCUGUGCUCGCUGUGGUGGCGAUACUAUCCUCCACGGUCGCCGAUGCUAGUAAUUCCUACUUUGAUUUUGCUCAUCUGUUUAAGAACACUUUCGGAGCAUACUGGAUUAUCAUUGCGCGGCCCUUGUCGAGAGUAUCUCCAUACUUCAUCGGUGUAUUCACUGGCUGGGUGAUACACAUUGUCCAGGGCAAGCUCAAGGUGUCUAAGAUGACAUCGACCCUGCUGUGGGUCGCGUCGCUGUCGUUCAUGUUCGUGUCGUGCGCGGUGCCGCUGGUGGGGCUGCCGUGGCUGGCGGCCUGGCUGCACCUCACCUGGCCAGUGGCUCUGCUGUGGCCUGUGCUCAUGGGCACCACCAACUUAUCUGGCGUGUUCCGCCGCCUGCUGUCGUGCGGCGGGCUGGCGGCGCUGUCGCGGCUGUGCUACGGCGCGCUGCUGCUGCACGCGGCCGUGGCCCGCGCCGCGCUGCUGGCCGCCGACACCGCGCUGUGCGGACACACGCUGUGCAUUUGGCUAUACUUCGCGGGCUGCGCGGUACUGUCGACGCUGGCGUCGCUGGGACUCUCUCUGCUGGUGGAGAUGCCGUGCUGCAGCCUGCUGCGCCGCCUCUCCGACUGCGCCUCGUGACAAUAACACAACCACAUCAAAUGUAUCUAUUUAUUAUAUCAUCAUAUUCCGUAAAAAACUUACAACUAGUUAUAUUUACAGCCUAUUUACAUAAUUACGUACAGGAUAAUGUACAUUCUUAUUCUAGUGUAUAAUAAUUAAUAUUUGUUCAGAAUUUGUUUAUAAAAAGAUUUUUUGUUUAUGCCAGGUCAUAAGGUUCUGGGUGAAAUCAUUCAAGGAUCAGUUUAUACUGGUCGGUAACAUCGAUCAACUAUGUGCCAGUAUGAAUUGACCCUUAUGCCUUAUUGACCUGUCAUGACGAUGAAGAGAUAUCAGAAAAUAAUAAUUUUAUAUGUUUAAAGCCAAGUUAACAAUAUUUUCACAUCAUUAAAACCAAUUCUAGCAUUUAUGUUUAGCUUAUAAGUUUCAAGCACUCAUAUUUAAUGAACAAUACCUACGUUUUAUUUAUUUCAAUGUAUUUUAAGUCAACUUUUUUUGUAAAUUGUAAUAAAGUUAAUAACUAAGUUA